GAUCACAGGGCGCAUGCGCGGAGAGGAAGACGCCGACCAGUGUGGACACCUGACUCUUUCAUAAAUACAAAGCUACUAUAUUGUAAAUAAAAAGCUUAAUACAGAUUACCAGCAUGUCUUUUUGUCAGUUUUUUGGCGGUGAGAUCUACAAGGACCACUUCAAACCAGGUAUCUACGUCUGCUCUCAGUGCAGCCACCCUCUGUUCUCCAGCCGCUCCAAGUUCUCCCACUCGUCCCCAUGGCCCGCCUUCACAGAGACCAUCAGAGAGGACAGUGUCACUAAACACAUGGAGAGCCUGACUGCGUUCAAGGUUUUGUGUGGAAAAUGUGGCAACGGUCUCGGGCAUGAGUUUGUAAAUGAUGGUCCUAAAGAAGGAGCGUCCAGAUUUUGAAUAUUCAGCCACUCACUCAAGUUUGUCCCCAACAAAGGGAACAAGCGGUAAGGAGUGAGUUGGAGGUUGCACACUUUGAAUUCUGCUGCUCGUUCAGGACCGGAGCACAGGUGGGUCAGGGAGUGAUGAUGGCAGGAUAAAGGCCAGAAGGACAUCCUGUCAGCUGAAGAGUCUGACCCACUGUGACCCCAGGAAAGGAUCACGAUUCAAUAUUAUAUUUUGGAUAAUUUACAUUCCAUUUUCCAUAAUUCCAUAAUUUUUUAUUUUGGAAGUAGUAAAAUUUCAGCUGGAUCUGGGAAUAGUGCUAUUACAUAAUCCCUUUUUAACUCUAUAGUGUAUUAGCGUUCAAUUGAAUUGCUUCAGAAUCACAUUGUUAUAAGACUUUUUAUGUUUUUGUCACUUGGACAUGAGUGCCAGUGCCACAAUCGACCAGCCUGUGGUACUUAUUGGUAUCACUCAACAUUAGCAGAGGGAUGCCGAUGCUGUGUGAGUGUGUAUUUAGUCUUAGGUGUCUCAGUCGCCCAGGUGUUGUCCAUAGUUUUUCUUUUACUAUUUAUUAUUCUUUUUACUUCUUAACCCCUUGUAGAAUGAAUAUAAAACACCCAUAUUUUUUUUAUAUGUAAAUGCGCUCACUGUCCACAAGGUGAUGUCAUUGGGUCACUCAUGAAGUGAUACUGACGCUGGUUCCAGAAAAUCCUACAAACACAUAGCAAAAAUUUACUUUGUAGAAAAUGCACACUCAAAAAUAUGCCGAUUUUCAUACUGCUUCAACUGAAACAGACCAAAUAUGUGAGCUUCAGUGGUGCAGUCUGUUAGUGUGUGGUACUUAUAAGACAGUAACUUGCAGAGUGAUGCAGCGGUUGUGAGUUUGAGCCUCCCCUGGAGCAAUAGCUUUAAAGAGUUAAAAAUUAAGUAACAUAUCGUCUUACAACAUAAAAACUGCAUGUUUCCUCUAGUUUAGUUCAUCCCAUAAAAGGCAAAAAGACAACAAGAACAUCAUUAGUGUUAGCCUGCUAUCAUGAAAUGUCACAUAAAAGACCAUUCACACACUCUAGUGGUGCAAUUGGUCAGUGCAUUUCUUAAAAGACAGUAACCUGAAGAGUGAUGCUGAGGUUGUUAGUUCAAACCUCACCAGGAGCACAGCAUGAAUAAGUUUUCUAUCUAUGCAGUGAGUUAAUUUUGUGUUUCCAUACAAACAAAACCUUCCUUUAAAAUGUUUGUUGUUUCAUUAAUAUAUUUACAAAAGCUGUUGAUACUCACUAAACUGUGUCUAGGCUUCAAAUAAACUCUAUUUCAAUAAGUC